AUGCCUCGCACCUCCACUCUCACGCGGAGCCGCUCAGCACGCCUUCCUCAAGCGCAAACGCAGCCGCAACUAGGGAUUCAGAGUUUUGCAAGAGCGACCAAGCCGGGUUGUAGCUCGGUAGCGGAAGGGAAGAAGGACCUAGAGGCGAAGCGGUCGACGUUACCUGUCUCACCUUCCAAGAAGCGAAAAUUGCACGAGCUCCAGAAUGUUGAUUUUGUCGUUAGGGAACAAGGGCAGGGGAAGGAAGCUCUUCAGGAUACGGAGGAGAACCAGGAGAAUAAUAAUGUGGACUUGUUGACAUUAACACCGUCGAAAUCGUUAAAGUUCAGUUCGUUGUCUGUUUCGUCACCGCGCAGUGGUCAUUAUGUCGCUUGCUCUACAUCUCCGUCUAUAUCUCCUUCGCGCUCGACGCGCUCGACACGCUCGACACAAGAUGCGGUUAUCCGGGAGGACGAUUCUGUGCCGUCUACACCGACGAAGCGUGUGACUGCGCCUGCGCCUGUGACGCAAAGAGCGAAGACAACUGCGCCAUCUCCGCGUUCGUGCCCAUCUAGCCGGUCUGCUACGCGUCCGGCUUGCGUUGAGGAAAUCAUCAGCCUGCAUUCGGCGUUUCUCAAGGCGUUGACGAUCCACGCUGCACACCGCGGUGUUGCUGCGCCAGCUGACUUAAGGGAAUUUCUACCUAGCAUCCAGCGGAUAUGGAAGAAAAGGAAGGUAGUUGUAAAGGACUUGCAGCGGCUUCUGUGGAUAUGGCGCCAGGGUCCGGGAUGUGUGUUUCGAAUUGCGAAUCAUGGGCUUGGCCGAGUUUGUCUGGAGAGGGCUGCUGGGCGAACGGAGCAAAUUGAUGACGAGGCAAAAAUGCAGGGACGGUUUGAGGAGGCGGUUAGUUUGCUUUAUAGACAAGCUUCGGAACAGGCCGAGGGGGAGGGUGAGGUAGAUUUUCUGGCGACGCUGGGACUGGCAUCAAUUGAGGAGUCUUUGACGCCGUUUACGGCGCUCCGGAAGGGGCAGCAGCGGCUGCAGGAUCUGAAAGGGGGUGUUAUCAAGGUGAAAAUGGAUGUGCUUUUGGCCGAGGCCGCUGGUGAUGAAGCGUCUGGAAUUACGCCCGCGAGGAUGCGUGACGCGACGACAAGUCGGCGGCAGGGUCUGUUUGAUCGGAUCAAGAACAAGGAGCUGCGUCAGUCGAAGCUGCCUCCCCCACCGUCGAAAGAGGUGCUGCUUCGUCGUGCUGCGGCUGGGCGCGUUGAGGAAGUUGCCAGUGUCCUUGCUCUUCUGCGGCCGGCCGGGUAUGUGGGCAGUGGCCCGACGGCGAGAACAGUCGCCCAGCGGACUCCAUUUUGUCUAGAGACUAUUGUCCGGAAUGUACAAGACUCCACGCGGAACCCUAUCUCGGAGCAAGAGGUGGAAGCGUGUUUGGAGAUCCUGUCCCGGGAAGACGUUGCUGGCCACUGGGUGAGCAUUGUUAUUGUGAACCAGCUCAAGUCGGUUGUUUUGAGGUCGUGCGGAGAUGUCCAGCUGAAGGACAUUGGGGCCAAGGUGGCCCAGUUGAAACCGGGGUGGGAGGAAACCCCAAAAUUAAUCAUUUGA